UUUCUUCCUGACUUCUCAUUUAAUGAUCUAUUAGCAUUAAUACCUAAGAUCACAUGCUUGUAUAAAGCAUAUUUCUCAGGCUCUCUUAAAUCAGAAAGAGAAAAAACAACAGGCAUUGGUUAUAUUUCACAUUAUUCGGAUUCAAGUGUUGUAGAAAAUCUGGAUGUCUUGCGGAGUUGGCCUUUAGAUGAUGAUAUUAAAGAAAUUAUUCAUCAUGCUUAUAAACAAGCCACCGUGUUAGCUAGAGAUGUUCUUGGAAUGGUGUUAAAUACUCAAAUUCAUGAUUUUGUAGCUUUCCCAAAUAAUGAUAAGGUCAAAAUGGAAAAUGAAAUCGAAAAACAAUCUGCUGAACUUCAAAGAGAUGAGAAUUUACAAAUAACUGAAAGUAUUUUUAUAUCAACGGCAGCCUUGGAAGUUAAUGCUUGGGACAAGUUUAGUACAUUAACUGAACUCGAAAAAGAAGAAGAUUUCUCUGAUGGGUGUUUGCAAUUAGACUUGAUACUUGAUUCUACCCAGCAAUCUCAGAAUCUUAAUGUAGAAAUAGAUAUUGAUAUUGGCAUUAUCGAUGAGAAGCUUGAAUUAGCCAUUUUAAUUAAUCAACGUCAUAGUCAUGAGGCAUAUACUAAUCAAAGAAUGGAGAGAAAGGUUGUGGGAUCAUCCAAAUCCAUUCUAAAUAAUAAAUUCAGCAGUCUUAUAUUAUAUCUUUCUUUAAAUGAAUCUGCUUGUUCUGGGUUAACAGAAAUUUCAACUACAAAUGUGAGUCUGAUGCAUCCAGUUUCACAAGGAGGAUUUGGAAUUGG